AAUCUUUAUUUUCUAAAUAUUUUGUUAAAUCUCUGUUCUAGGAGUCAUUUUCCGUCAAGGACUGGGAUUGUAAAUAUUAAUAGAAUUAUUAUAUUAUAAUAUUAACUAUUGGACAUCCCCAUGAAACUUCCGCAGUUCAUUACUGACAUUAACACAAUUAUGUUUUAAAUAUGUAUAUGAGGCAUUAUGUAAUGCUAACUUUUGGUGGAUCUACACUUUACAUUUACACUAGUCUGACAGAAGACGUGUUAAGGAAGCAAAAUAUUAACCAGUGCAUAAAGAAACAUGUUUUGGCCUGUCGCGUCUGACAUUACCAACAAAACAAACGUCUUUCAUCAUGUUUGUGUUUUUCCUGACUGCAGGGAACGCAGCAUCAGGUUCCUCCUCCAGUUCCGGUUCAGACCAACAUGGCGGCUGUUCGCUCAAAGUCUCUCCAGAUCAAACUCUGAAUUUAUACAAUUAAUAUUUACAGAUUUCUGAUGACAUAAAUCAACUCGGAGACAUUUCUCUGUUUGGUAUCAGCUCUUUAAAACCUGCAGUUUGUAUCGGCGGCUGUUUGUACGUUUUCAGCUGCAUGAUGAUGGACUGGGUCCGACCCGGCAGACCUUCAGUGUGACUCGGUCCGACCUGGCAGACCUUCAGUGUGACUCGGUCCGACCCGGCAGACCUUCAGUGUGAUGGAGAAGUUUGGGAUGAGUUUUGGGCCUGGCAGGAAGGAGCUGCAGGAUACGGUGGAGGCCCAGAAGAAGCAGCUGGUUCAGUAUCAGACCCGCUUUAAGGAUGUGGUGCGGGCCUACAAGAGCCUGCUGAAGGAGAAGGAGGCUCUGGAGGCCAGCCUGAAGGUGCUGACGCUCCCCCCGCAGGACUCCUCCACAUUCGAGCUCCCGGAGGACGGCUGCUCGAUGCACAGCGAGGACAGUGUGGACACGGCGGCGUCUGUGGACACGCCCAAUGAGACCACUAAAGGGGACGAGAGCGAGGAUGAGCCAGAACCAGGAGGAGGGUCCACGGCGCUGAAGGCCGACCUGGACGCCGGCGGCUCGGAGAGCAGCAGCGUGGGGGCGGAGCAGCAGCAGCAGGCCACGCCCCCAUCCAGUACGGAGGCGGAGCGUCGACUCGCCCAGCUAAAGAACCAACUGAGCACACUCACCGGCGCUCUCGCUACAGUGACGCACGAGAAGUCCCGGAUGGAGGCGAGUUUCCAGGCCGACAAGCGUCAGCUGAAGCAGGAGGUGGAGGAGCUCCAGGGCCGCCUGGGUGGCGUGACGAUGCAGCAGGAGGCAGAGCAUCACGCUCUGCAGCAGCAGCUGGCGGAGAGCCGCGCUCGCAUCAUCACGCAGCAGCACGAGAGGCAGCAGGAGCAGGACGACCACGUGCAGCAGCUGAGGGAGCUGCAGAGAAUCCUGCAGCAGGAGAGAGACCUGCGGCAGGACGCAGAGCUCCGCCUGCAGGAUGCCUUGCUCCUGGUGACGUCACAGGCUGUGGACCAGGGGGCGGAGUCUGAGGCUCACCUCCACCAGGUGAGGGAGGAGAGAGACGAGCUGAGGAGGAAGCUGCAGGCCUCCGAGGACGACCGAAAGAAACCCAAUCCCAGAGCGGACGAGCUGCAGAGAGAGCUUAUGGCGCUGAAAAACCUCUUCCAGACGCAGAUCAACACCGAGACCAGGAAGGCAUGCGAGGCGGAGGAGAGAGCUUGUGAGCGCGCUCAGGCGGCAGAGACGAGGGUUUCUGUUCUAGAGCAGCGAGUCUCUGAACUGUCAGAGCUGCUGGGCUCCUCUGAGAAGUCGAGGCAGAGAGAGCAGCAGACGGCUCAGAGACUCAGAGACCGCAUCCUCCAACUCGACACAGAGAACAAGACGCUCGCCAUGACGGCCUCCGGCAGGAUGAGUUCCGAGCUCAGCGCAGACGAGUCUCAACUGGACGUUGGCGUGCUGAAGGAGAAGCUGGAGAAGGUGAAGAAGCUGCUGCAGCUGGCGGCGCAGAGGAACCCGGAGCAAAACAUCCUGCCGGAGCCGGGCGGGGACAAGGCUGCAGUGUUCUACCAGCAAGAGCUGCGCACGUUGAAGGACGAGUUUGAGCGCUACAAGCUGCGUGCGCAGGUGGUGCUGAAGAACAAGAACGCCAAAGAUGGCUGCCAGGCGAAGGAGCUGGAGGAGGUGCGCGACCAGCUGUCGGAACUGAAGGAGAAGUACAUCAAUCUGCGCAUCCAGAGCGACGAGGCCGAGACCCGCCACCGCUGCCAGCUCGAGGAGCGACAGCAGCAUGCCGCGGCGUUGCAGCACACUCACAGACAGGAAGUGGAGCGGGUGGAUGCACUUCAUCGCGACGACCUGCUGCGGCUAGAGGUGGAGCUGCACAAACAGAGAGACAGGACGAUGGCGCUGCUGGACGAGAAGGAGCGUGAGCUGGAGAGGCUGCGGGCCGCCGUGCCGUGCCACCACACCGACAGCAUGGCAGCCGACAAGCACGAGUCUGGCCCAGAGAGCGAGGGUGACAUCAUCAGCCAGGCUCUGCGGCGGGUGGCGCCCAACGAGCCCACACUGCUGCUGUACGCCGAGCAGCUGGCAAGGAAGGAGGUGGAGGCUGGCGGCCUGCGGCGGCAGAAAAACCGCCUGGAGGAGGACGUGCACCAGCUGCAAGCAAGGAUAAUCGCCAACGCAGAGCGCCACGACGAGGAGGCGUCCUCGCUGCGAGGACAACUUGACAAACUGAUCCGAGAUCAGAGCAGAGAGGGCGCCAACAUGGAGUACCUGAAGAACGUCAUCUACAAGUUCCUGACUCUGCAGGACGCCAGUGGGUGCCAGCAGACACUCAACGCCAUCCUGACCAUCCUGCACUUCAGCCCGCAGGAGAAACACAGCGUGAUGAGGCUGCAGGGCGCCGCCUGGUGGAGGUAAAACACCUGAAGAGAUAAUAUAACGGAGGUUUAAAUUGAUUUGUCUGGUUUCUGUCUGAAGUGUAAAUAUGAAUAAAUAUAUGACUGAGUGUCACUGUGAGGAAA